AUGGAUUCUAGAUCAAGCUCCCAUAAUGGUAGUGGUAGAGCCACGCGCUCCUCGCUGGCGUGUCUACCCUGUCGUUCGCGUCACUCAAAGUGCGAUGGUAAACGGCCUUGUUGUACGCGCUGCGCUGAAACCGGGCAGGAGUGCACCUAUGCACGAUCCCGUCGCGGUGGGCUCGACCGCGCAGCCCUGGCUGAUCGUCGCCGACGACUUGCGGCGGGAGAGAGAAUAUCUCCAGCUCCUGACUCGAGUGGCCAACGAUAUACAACGAUUCAGCAGGUCCAGGAGCACCCCGCUCCAUUGAUGGUCGAAGACCUUCACAAUGAGCCCAGCGAGAGGAUCAGGAUCGGCGAUGUCAUCUUAGGCAUCUCGUUACCGGGCACCAGCAUCGUUCAUCUCGGUGGUAUCAAGGAAGAUCCCUUAAUUAAUGCAUACUAUGAGAAAUUCCAUGGAUGUCACCCCUUUCUCUUACCCCAGAAACACCUCACAAGACUGUAUGAAGAUCCGCACAGACAGCCCAGCUUCACACCCCUUCUGGCUGUGAUGCGCUUAAUUGGCCAUAUCUACACCUCCCGCGAAUGGUCAAUGUCGUUGAGAGACCACAUUGACGCUUGUUUUCUACAAGCAUCACCAUCUGAUCCAGUUAUGGUCCAAUGUCGACUACUAUUGUCUAUGGCUUUAUUCUGGCACGACUAUAAGGACGCGGCCAAACUGGAGAUGGACGCUGCCACUAGUCUUGCAGUUGAUCUGAAGAUGUUUCUGUCGGACUUUGCGGCGUCGCAUGGGCGCGACGAUCCCGUGCUGAGGGAAUGCUGGAGGCGGACAUGGUGGAUGUUGUACAUCAUUGACGCUUAUUACACCGGUACACUGGGUACCAUGAACUUUCGAGUGGCGAAUAUUACCGCUACAGUGGAAUUACCGUGUGAAGAGCUGGAAUACGAGUCGGGGAAUAUACCCGAGCCGCGCACGCUGCAAGAGUUCAACUGUCGCGAAUUCUCCGCCGAUCCUAUUGAUUUCUCAUCUUUUGCAUAUCUCAUCGGAGCUGUACAAUGUGCAGGAUCGGCGAUAUCCGUAGCACCAAAGAUCGCAACUAAAGAAGACUCGGCGCACGUCGUUCAAGCUGCCGACUGUAGUCUGGAUGGAUGGCGAUUGUUAUUACCGAAAGAUCGCAAGCAGGUCAUGGAUAAGGAUGGAAAGAUCGACGAGCUAAUGUUUCAAGCUCACUUGAUCAUUGAUGUGUCGACUAUCGGAUUACACCGACCCUUCUCAGCCCUAAAGUUCAAUGCCGUGGAGAAUGUAUCAAGCUGUGCCCGAGAGCCACCGCUCGACACACCAAUCCCAGAUUUAAUUAACGUACACACCGUGCGCGUCAUACGAGCCAUAGAGUCCCAGAUCCGGCUUCUGGCGCUCCCAGUUCCUGAAUUUCACCAUACGCCAUUUACCACCUGCAUGGUGAGUGAGGGAACGCUAGCGCUACUUUCAGCCUGCACUACUCUACUGAAAGGUACCCACUUGUCAACGGCAAGAGAUCAGAUCCGGAUGACAUUGGGAUGUCUCAAGGUGUUGGGCGAGGUGUGGCCGAGAACCGCAAGGAAUGUGCGGGAGAUACAGACGAUCGCUCAAACGGUGCUCGGAGUUGGGUCGGGGGUGAGUAAUAGUAGUGAGACGCCUAGCUCCAGCACUGGCCCGUCUAGCGGUGGAGGAGAGGGGAGUCUUGAUCUAGCCAGCUACGUACCGAGCAACGACACAACUAAUAGCUCUUCCCUUGGCUCUAUUGAGGAUCUUUGUGGCUGGUACAGUCUAGGCGAUCUGAGUGACAUUUCGUGGGGAUUGGGCAAUGGAUCAUAAGAUCUUGACCUGGAAGCUAGUUCGCGCCAAUCUUUUCAUAUAAAUUAAUGCAGUAUUUUC